GUUUUGCUAGGCCACACCAUUUAGGCUGGUCUAGUCCUGACAUGUCUGAGCAGGUCUAUAAGAGACUGCAGCUCUGCUUCCCCCCUCACCGCACUUUAUCUACUUUUACCUCCACACCAUGGACUGCUGAUACGUUUUACUCUGUAGACACCGGAACAAUCAGCUUCACUAUGUCAGCUGACGGGGAGCCCACCGCCGACAUGGCUGACGACAACAAACUGGUCAGACCGAAGGUAGAGUUUCAUUCUUUGCUGCGACACGCAGGAGCCACUAAAGAUGUUUUCACCAUGAAGGAGGUGAUGUUCUACCUGGGUCAGUACAUAAUCCAGAAGCAGCUGUACGACCAGAAGCAGCAGCACAUCGUCCACUGCUCCCAGGAUGCACUGGGGCGUGUGCUAGGGGUGGACAGCUUCUCUGUUAAAGAGCCACGAGUUCUGUUUGCAAUGAUAACCAAGAACCUGGUGGCUGUGAAAAGCCAAGAUUUACCGCAAAGCUUAAGUGAAUCACACAGCAACAGUCCGACAGACAGAGGGACGGAGGAGGCAGAUUCAGAAAGUCGCUCUUCAUCACCAGACAGGAGGAGAAGACGGAGGAGGAGGAGGAGCUGCAGGAGCAGUGACCCAGGUCCCUCCCACAGUGUAGAGGAUGACGAUGAGGAAGAGUCAGAGGAGGAAGAGGGAGAAAAAGAAGGAAGGAAGAGGAGGCGGUCAGACAGCUACUCCCUGACCUUUGACGAAAGCCUGUCCUGGUGCGUGAUUGGUGGACUGGGAAGCGGGCGGGACCGACACAGCAGCCAAUCGUCCGACUCACACAGCACGUCUGGGAGGUCAGAGGUCACGGUCGCACCCUCAGACUCAGACAGUGACAACUUCAGCGUGGAGUUCGAGGUCGAGUCCAUCGACUCCGAUGACUACAACGAAGACGACGCCUCUCUGUCUGCGGACGACCAGGUGUAUGAGGUCACCAUCUUUGAAGCAGAGGAAGAGGAUUCAUUUGAUGAAGACACAGAGAUCACUGAAGCUGACUACUGGCGGUGUGCGAAGUGUGACGAGUUGAACCCUCCUCUCCCCAGAAACUGUCUCCGCUGCUGGACUCUGCGCCAGGAUUGGCUGCCUGACGAGUCCCUCAACAUAACCAGCUCCACCGCCUCCAGUCCUAAAGCCCUUCCCACCAAACCAACCAACCAAUCAGCAGACAAAGAAGCUCCAGGUUCUGAUGUCGAGGAGAACGAAGGAGUCGAUGUUCCAGACGGCAAAAGAGCGAAAACUCCUCCUCUCCUGUCGCAGUGCCUGUCUGACUCCCUUCCAUCUGCUCCGGACUCCCAGGAUCUCCUCUCAUCCUCCCAGCCUUCCUCCUCCCAGGAGAAGCUCUGGACUUCUGAUUCCCAGGAACUCCUCUCACCCUCCCAGCCUUCCUCCUCCCAGGAGAAGCUCUGGACUCCUGACUCCCAGCCUUCUUCCUCCAGCGACUCCCAGGAGCUUCUCCCGUCGUCCCCCACCGCCGCUCCCGCGCCCGCUCUUCCGCCUCCCGCGGUCCCCGAGCUGGAGCGCAGCGUGUCGGCGGAGUGGCGGCUGCCGGACUCAUGCCUGGACCCCUGUCUCAUCUGUCAGUCCCGGCCGAAGAACGGCUGCAUCGUCCACGGACGAACCGGACACCUGAUGUCCUGCUACGUCUGCGCCAGGAAGCUGAAGAAGAGGAACAAGCUGUGUCCGGUCUGCAGGCUGCCCAUCCAGUCCGUCGUCCUCACCUACCUCAGCUGAGACUCCCAGUCUGUGCUCGUCCUCCGUCUCGUCCUCACCUACCUCAGCUGAGCCUCCCAAUGUGUCCUCACCUUGAUACUCCUUUCAAACAGCAGAUAGGAAGAAACCCGUAAAUCUGACUGUUUUUUCUCACCAUGUUGACUUAAUAACUUUGGACUUAUUUCAAAUUCUGUCGCAGUGUCUGUGGCGGCUCCAGAGCCUCACGAUUAUAAUUUAAAAAUGUUAAUUUUGAAAAUUAAAAAAGUAAAUUGGACUUAUCUUUUAACUUAUUUCUAGAAUUUAAUUUAAUAUGUGGGCUUCCAUUGCAGAUCAAAGGAGCUGUAUACUGUUAUUACAUGUAUUAAAUACAUAUUUUUCUUUCUGUGCGACUCUUUUGAACUCUGCUGCUGAACGGGAAAUAAAAAUGAUCAAAAUUUGGCAUAAUGCAAGAAAUUCACACAAUGUUUCAGUUUUUUUUUUUUUUCUUUUAUUCUGAGACUUUCUGGGAGAAGCAGGUUUACUUUGAGGUGAAAUCCACAGUACAGUUCAGUAAGUUAAUCCACUGUGGUGUUUGGCACCGCUGGCUGAUGUACAGUAUAAUAAAACAUGAAAUAAACAUGGUGGCCUAAUGGUAAAGGCACGUAACAUA